AUGGCCGUGGAAACUGAUGAGCUCUUGAAAGUGCUCUAUAUAGUUGACGGUGCAGAGCGCAGUUCACUUCAGCAUGAAGCUGAGGCCCAACUCAAAAAGUGGGAAUCUGAACCGGGAUAUCAUUAUGCUCUUCAAAACAUAUAUUUAAACACAGAAUUGCCCAUGCAUGUGAGGUGGCUAGCGGUCAUCUGUUUUAAAAAUGGAGUGGAAAAACACUGGAGACCAUCACGCCUAAACGCUAUAGGCAAGGAGGAGAAGACGAAAAUCAAGGAGAGAUUAUUCAACCUCAUCAGCGAGAAUAACUCGCAAUUGACCAUCCAGAACGCCCAUUCAAUAGCAAGAAUCGUCAGAUUUGACUUUCCAAGCGAGUGGCCGACAUUGUUUGACGACCUCAGUAAAACGUUGGAGGACUACGUCUUCGUUCAGGGCAACCUUGUGGCCACCAAUAACCUUCUUGUGGUUCUCAACCAGAUCAUUAAAGCAGUUUCAAUGGUCAGAAUUGGAAGAUCUAGGCACGCAAUGCAAAGCAAGGCUCCUAUAAUUGUGCCCAUCUUGAUAAAGCUGUACUGCAAGUUUUUCCAAAUGUGGACAUCCUCGUUGGACCUCACGAUCAUGGAAGUCUGCUAUCUUUGUUUGAAAAAUCUACGUCGCAUUAUACCAGAAGGCUUCGAACAACCUCAUACUAAUCAGGAUAUCACCGAUUUCCUCAAGCUUUCAGUGUCCCACUUGCAAGGCUUGGUUACAGAGCAUGAGAAGUAUUCUUCUGAUUUAUUGGAGCGUUACGUUAAGAGCUACAGUAAGCUCUAUGUGAACCUCAUCAACCUGAAUCCUACUAGCUUCGUUCUCAUCCCAUGCUCACUGGAAAUUAUCACAACUUUCUUGUCAUUACUUAAGAACAGGGCCGAAGAUGUCUACAAAAGCAGCGAGGAUAAUGAUUUUUGGGAAACCUUGGCUCUCAAAGGCUUUCUAAUCUUGAAAAAGAUGGUGGCUUAUGUCUACAAACAGGGUGCCGUAACGCUCAAGCAAAGGAAUGAUAAAGAGGAUGUUGGAAAUGCUAUCAACAAAUUGAAAACCCAACUCUUCACACCUGAAGUGAUAUUCAGCUUAUGUGAUCUCAUCAUCAAUUGGUACUUGAAACUCAAACCUUCAGAUCUCGAAAGUUGGCUUCUCGAACCGGAGGAAUGGGUAAAUGAAGAGCUCAGCUCCAGUUGGGAAUACCAAGUAAGACCCUGCGCUGAAAACUUCUACCAAGAUCUCAUAAAGUAUUUCAAGGAUGAACUCUGUGACUUUAUCCUUAACAAAAUAUCAAAUGGUCUAACCCAAAAUGAAUCGGUCUCUGACAUUCUCACUAAAGACUCUAUCUUGUGUACCUUCCAACUCUCAGCCGACUCCAUUGCUAAUAGGGUCAACUUUGACCAGCUUUUGACACAAGUCUUCAUUCCAGAGGGCCUCAAGAAUGAUCUCGUCGAGAACAAGAUAAUCAAACGAAGAGUUUGCCUCAUUAUUUCAACAUGGGUUCCUGUGAAUUGUUCACGCGAGAGUAGAGUGAACAUCUACAAAUUACUCAUCAAUUUCUUACAGCCCGUUAAUAAGUUUAACGAUAAGGUCGUCAGACUCACUUCUAUCCAAACUUUGAGAACUAUCAUCAAUGACUGGGAUUUUAAUAAGCAAGACUUUCAGCCUUUCUUAAAGGAGUAUGUAUCGCUUUCUCUCAACAUGUUGGAAGAUAUGUCAUUCACAGAGUCCAAACUUUACAUAUUGGAUACGUUGAGUGUCUUAAUUGAAAGGUGCAACCCACUUAUUGAUGAAACAACCUUAAUGGCAAUCUUGCAAAUCGUGCCAUCAUAUUGGGAAAUUUCAAAAAAGCAAGAAAAAGCCAUUUUGCAAUCUUCUUUGUUGCGAGUUCUAAAACAAUUGGUUAUCGCAUUAAAUCAAAACUCAUCUCAUACCCAUUUCAUAACAUUGCCUUUGAUUAAAGCUUGCUGUACACAAUCGUCGGAACACUAUUCGCUACUAUCAGAGGAUGGCUUUGAUCUUUGGCUUGCGGUUGUGCAAUACUACCCCAUCGACAUGACUCCAAACGAGUCACUCGUAGAGCUUUUCAGUUUAUUACACCCUGCGCUUAUGGAUGCGACGGAGAUUCUCCCGACUAUCCUUUCUAUCGCAAGAAGCUACACUUUACUCAUCCCAAAGUUAUUCGAAACCGAUGCCGGUCUAGAAGCGUUUAGAGUUCUUUCAGGCUACUUGCCAAAAAUGCGUGAUGACGUCUUCGACAUUUUCAUCACAAUGGCAGACAUUUUAUUAUUGCAGGAGAGCGAAGAUGAUCAGCUCAUCAACAAUCUAAUCAACAGUGGUUUAUUAAACGCUAUGGCCUCAUAUGUCCUUGAUGAAAAUCACAGUGUCGUACUCGCAAACAAGAUAUUGCUAGUUUUGUCGAGGCUUGCAACAAGCUCCGCGGAGGCAUUCUUGAAUGUGUUGCAACAUCUACAAAUUGAUUCGGCCAAAUUCAUCGAUGUCUGGAUGAACUACUACAAAAACAAUGGCAAUCCUAGAAACAAGAAGGUCAAUCUACUUGCGCUCAUAUCUUUGGCGGUAUAUUGCGUUUCGAAGAAUCUUCAUGGCGUACCACAAAGGUUUGGCGAGCUUGAAAGAAAUUGUUUCUUAUUUUUAGAGGAAGUCAAUGAGGACGAGUCUGGAAACUGCCAGGCCUACGCGGGAGACUAUAUCUAUAGCGAUGUAGACAAUUAUGCCUACCUUGAUCCGGAUAUUGCUCCCCAUGGAGAGAAGUUGAGAUACCUGAAGCUUUUGGAGGAAAAGGAUCCAAUCUUGAAAGUGAAGAUGCAGCAGUACUUAAGAGAUGCCCUCAUUAAGUUACGCGGGGAACUUAAUGAAAGCGAUUUUGCUACCUUGAUGUCACUUAAUGAUCAGUACACAUCAGAGAAAUUACAGCAAUUAUUGGCUUGA